AUGGACUACACUCGAUAUUCAUCCCAACCAGCCACAGUUGACCUGGUUCGGGCAGAUUUGGCGGAAAUCUGGUCCGUCGACGUCUCCGAAGACGACGGUCCGAGAAGAGCGCCUUCGAUUUCUGGCAUUAGCGAUAUGCUAGACCUGGAGUAUAUUCCAACGCCGAAGCCGCGGCCUUCCAAAAUCUCGAAGCUCAGCCCUCUCCCCGACUCGCCGGGUGAGCUUCUCCAGUCAUCACCCACUCUAGCAAGGCCAAACGGCAAUCGCCAAGGGGGGCAUAUCGGAAGUACCGUGUCCCCGCGGGACGAGGACAAAAACAUAUCAGAACCUUUGCUCUCUAACCUGCAAGAUGGGCGGUCCUCGAACAAGAACAAUGAUCCAAAAUUUGAACUGGGUGUAAACUCCCCAGUUGAGCCCGCACCGCUUACCUCGCGCGUGAAGAAACCGGCGCGAAACAGCAGGCCAGCGUCGUCGGAUAAGGUGCCCAAGCGGAAGCGACAAACGGAUGGUGACGACGUUUUCGAGUUAAGCGAUGACACGGACACGGAGUCUGGGCCGUCGCCACAAAAGGGGAAAACCAAACGAAGCUCUGCGAAGAGAAACCGCACCCGCCCUGGACCGAAGGCAAAGGUAUCUGGUCAGAAGGCACCCACUGCCGUUGCCCCUACACAAAAAAGCAAGCCUUCUCGCACCCCAAAACAGCCACUGGCUGGAGAUCUUCCCCUGGAAACGAAGCGGAAAGUGCAGCCUUCGAAUUCUGCGUUCGGCUCCAAGCGGGAGGGUGUGCCUCGUCGGGGCCAGAUAGCUGAUAAUGCCGUUUUCGUCCCGGAGCCAAACCCAAGUACAAAGUUGGCACAGGAAUUGACGCCCGAAGAGACAAAGCCUCGCAAGACUACAGCUUCCUCAGGAUCUCCAGCAAGAUCGCCAGCGCUUCCACGAGAAAUUAGUCCAGCACAUCCAGGCUCGCCCAGAUCCCGGGAUGUAAUUACCAUAUCUAGCAAAAGCCCCGUCUCGGUGGCUAGCGACGCACCCGCGCAGUUGGCAUCGCCAUUGUUUGUGGAACAGAUGCAUGAAACUCCCGCUAAAAUGGAGCCUCCUGAGAAAUCCGCCAUCACGAUGGUAGUCGGGCCAGAGCUUGGUCAGGGGUCAUUCAUUCAACGAACAUUGAAUGGCGCGCGGCUCACAACUCCACCUCUAUUCCAAAUUUGCACCACACGCGAGGAUCACAAGGCGAGCCGCGAGAGACCUAAUCAUAUUUUGCCGGCUGCUAUUAGAGACGCAUUCUUAUCCGACGACCAUUUGGCGGUUGACUCGCCUUCUCCGGAUCCUAGCGAGCAACCCAACACUAAGGAACAUAGUCUUAGUCCAGGAGACACCUGGAAAAGUGUAGUAGAGGACACUUCUAGCCCUAAAGUUCUGCACAGGAUCGUCACUUUGCUGCAUCGGUCCCUCAAACCGAAAGAAGAUAUUAUCCGCGACAUAGCAAGCGAUUUUCGCAGGGACGCUCUUUGUUUGUUGGACAACUUGAGUCUGAGACAUGUUGAAGAACAAACCAAUACCUCCGCUACGCUCCGAAGCGCAUAUCGGGCAGCCUUCUCGGGGUUCGCUAAUGCAGCACAAACUAUGCAGGUCCAGGUUGAGAAGCUUCGGAGGGUUGACAUCACACAAUCAGUGGCCACAGGGAAGCGGCCACCACUGGCAGAGAAGCUGGAGAUCGUUACUAACCUAUGUAAAGCCAAGCUGGGUGGCCUCGUUGAGGGAAGCGCGUUCGAUGGGGAUGACACCUCCAGGAAUGAUCCGGACAGUCUCGCAGACAGCUACCGGAAUAAGCUAGUCGACGCAACACGACGGGCGAACGACAAGGCUGUUGGCGAUUUGGGGAUCGCAAUCGCGGAGGCGGAUGAAUUCAUGCAGCAAUGUUUUCGUGGAGGGGCUCGGAAGGCUCAACGAACGGAAAUGAGAAAACCAGACAAACCUACUCGAGACGCAGACGAAGCCUUGGGGGUGUUUUUGGACGGAAUCAUCAAUACGCUGCAAAAACAGGAAGACGUCGGCGGCCGUCACCCACACGAUAUGGGGGUCCUAGUCGGAACACUCUCUGAGGGGUCGGGGGUGGGCGCCUAA